AUGGACCAGGGGCACCAACUCGGCAGCAAAAAGUCGAGCAACGACCGCGUCCCUGAAUUCCACACGCAGAUCCUCCCUGCAGGCUCCGCGCCCGCUAGCAGCACAUACCAGCCCAACCCGAUCCACGAGAUCCCGUCGCAGGCGAACAACGACAACGUCCUGCGCAGCCACGGCAAGGAGAGCAAGUACACCAAGGCGGAGGACACGUUCCCGGGCGCCACGUCGGGCGACGUCCACCGGAGCAUGGGCAAGCCGCUCGUCAGCGAGACCAGCGGCGAGCAGCGCCAUGACGGCUCGCACGGCCGGAAGAAGCAGACUUCCGGCUACGAGACUGUCGGUAUGGCCGGCAAGCCUAGCCAUUCUGACCAGUCUAUCGGUGACAAGCAGCUCGUUGACGAGCGGCAUCUCAAGGACCAGCGCGGCAUCGACCGUGAGGAGGCCCAGGGAGGACAGCGUGGUGAUAAGGGCACGCUCACGGCUUCUGAGUUGCGGCCUGAGCCGGCUGAGAUGGUGUCCAAAGAGGCUCCUAGGAGCCCGUAG